UACGGUACAGGGAUGUUCACUAGACUAUUGUCUAUCAGUGGGAGUGUCUUCAUUUCAUCACAGCCCUCCUGUGGACACACAUGCACACUGCACCUCAAAUGAUGGCGGAUUGGAUGUGUGUAUAAUAAACUAAAGAGCAGAAAUGAGUGAUAAUCUCCUUCACCCACUGACCGUCAUAUGUGCGGGAUCCUGCUUCGCCUUCUCUGGCCUGUUUUAUAAACUAUACUCAGAUAAGAGACAAGAAGUACAGAAGCUGAAGGAGAUACCAAACUUUCAGCCAGACCAUCACCUGCUCAGGAUUCUGAGUGCGUCGUCCAACAAGAGACUUCAUUAUGUUGCUGUAGAAGGACUGGUGCAGGCCGUCGGAGAGCCCAUUUCCAGCCAGUACGUUCCACGGUGUCAUGGUGUCAUCCAGAAGAUUACUGUGCACGAGCACUGGAAAUACUGGAACUCUUCUCUAAAAACAUGGGUCUCCAAAAAAGUGAACAAGCAGCAGACCACCAACACCGUGCCCUUCAGCUUGAUCCAGCCCGGCUCAUACAUCAGUGAGGUUUCGGUCCGUGUGGAUUCGCCUCUGGAGGCGCGCGGCGAUUUCCUGGAGCAGGUGCACAAACGGCUCAGACAGGCCAAAGAAGGGCUGAUGGACGCUGUUGUGGGAGAGCUGAGCGGGGAGAAGCCUGUGGCCCUAGAGGAGCGAGAGGAGCUGCUGCGUGUGGGAUCGUCCAUCACCGCAUUCGGGGAGCUCGUUCUGGAGCAGGAUAAGGUCAUGAGGCUACAGCCACCCAAAGACGGCCGCAGCUAUGUCCUCAUCCCCAGUGAUUACAAGAGCUUCAUACAGCGUCAUGAAAACUGCGCCAACAUGUGGAAAGGGUUGACGGCGCUGUUUGGAAUAACAGGGUUUACACUCAUAGGUGGUCUCAUUCAUGGUGCUAUUAAUAAGGAUAAGAAAUAGCCAACUGGGUCAUGAUAGUUCUUGAUUAAGGUAAUUAUGAAACUCAUUCAAAAUCAUGGUUUUGCCAAUGAGAAUGUGAAAAAUAUGAAUCCAAAAUAAUAUCAAUUCCCUUCUGCUUGACUGAAUCACUAAUAUCUAAAGUCAUUCUUAAAUCAUGGGUGUUCAUGUUAAUCACUGUAAUUCUGCUGUGGACUUUCAGCCAUCAAGGUUCACAAAAAACUAAAAUGCUAUUUCAAAAUAAAUAUUCCAUAACCAAGUAAUCAAUUUAAAUGAUUUAUUAUCAAAGGGCCUGUUUGUCA